GGUGAUCGAUCAUUAAAAACCUUUAAAAAACAUGACAAACGCGUGAACAAAGUCAUGUGGUCGCCACAUUCUUCUGACACAUUUGCAAGUUGUUCAGAUGAUAGUUUAGUUAUCCUUUGGAAUGCUAAAAAAGCCGAUAGUAAACUUGGAGGUGCCUUUUUCAAGCAUAUAGGCCAUCGUACUAGUGUUGCAGAUAUCGCAUGGCAUCCUGAUGAUGCAUUUAGUAAUACUAUUGCGUCUGUAUCCACUAGCUUGAUCACCUCUAAUGAUAAUAAUAAGAUUAAGCCAAGUCUGAUUCAAGGGUUGUUAAUUGGUGUAUUAUACUCUGGAGUACUCCAGUCUGAACUCAACCCAGAUUGGAAACUUAUUACUCCAGGCUGGUUUGAGAUAAGACAUUUUCAAACCAUUGACAACCCUACUAAAAUAUUUACGACUAUGUUUUAUUUGACUAAUUGA